AACCUGCGCCCCGGAGAAAGCAAUUCUAGCUAACAGAUCAAUCCCCAAGUCAAAGAAAACCUCUCUCUGAUCUUACUCACCUAGAGGAAUGGCGGCCGAGGAGGGAACCGUGAUCGCGUGCCACAACAAGCAAGAAUUCGACACCCACAUGGCCAAGGCCAAGGAGAUCGGCAAGCUGGUGAUCAUUGACUUCACUGCUGUCUGGUGCGGACCUUGCCGCAUCAUAGCCCCUGUCUUCGCUGAGUACGCCAAGAAGUUCCCUGGUGCCAUCUUCCUCAAGGUAGAUGUUGACGAGCUCAAGGAAGUCGCAGAAGAAUACAAAAUCGAGGCAAUGCCGACCUUCCUCUUCAUCAAGGACGGCGAGAAGGUCCACACUGUCGUUGGUGGCAAGAAGGAUGAAAUCGAAGCCAAGAUCGUGGCCUACACUGCUACUGCAUCAACCUAAUCAAAAGAAAGGAAGGGGAAGGCAACACCGUGUUAUAUAUCAAUAAAGGGCCAGCACCUGGUGUACUCGUCGUUGUUCCGCUUGGCUUAGUUGUGACCAAACUUUGUGUUGAUUCAGUUUAGAGUUCGGUACCUCGGUGAUAUGUGUGGCGCCGAAUGGUUUGAAAUUUCUGAUGUUUGCGACAGUCGCUUAUAUUGUGGAAGUUUGCCUGACUAUAUAUCCUAUCUGAAUGUUACUACGAGGUGUAAUUUGCUACUGGCCGUGCUGAGCAGUUAAAUUGGUCCAAGUUGUUUCUUGA